AUGCUGAGGAAGCAACUUGAAAACGAGUACGGGUGGGAUCCGGCGGAGCAUUCCGAGAAACCGUUUGAAAAAGUCACCGGCGAGGAAUUUGCGAAAGCGGCUAUGCACAGCUGUGGUUCAACAACAGCGUCGCAGGUACCAGCGGAGGAUUGCGUUCCAAGGAAGCGAAACUCAACACGAACGUCAUUGCGG